GUAUUUGUAGAUGUUAUAUAGAGUCCUAUAUACAUUAUGGCUUGUAGUAGUUUGAUUUUAUCGCAGUAGAUUUUGUAUUAGAAAAUAUGUGAGAUUACUAACAAAAAUUAUCUCUACUAAAUAUUUUAAGGGGAUCCUCUCCACCGCCAUGCUAUUAGCACGGACAUUACUAAAAGCCCACAAGGGUAAGUAUUUGGUUCUAGUGUCCAAAAGAUUAAGUUCGAAUGGGACUAAGAAGUUUCCUAACUCUGAUAAGUCCAAGUCCGAUAAUAAUAAGAUUAAUGAAAAUAAUGACAAUGACAAUGACAAUAAUGACCCCAAUAAUAAUUCAGCUUUGGUAGAACGAUUUACUCAAAUACUUGAACAAAAAAUAGCUUCAGAUUCAUUUACUAAUAAUAAAUCCAUGAUGGAUUCAGAUCCUAAAUUAAAGGAAUUAUAUCAAAAGUAUAGUUAUGAGAAAGAUACUCCUAGUAUUAGUAUUGCAAAAUCAUAUAUAAAGAGUGAACCAUUACUUAAAUUAAAUAAACAUGCCAGGGAUAUAUAUGAAUCUGUACCAUGGAAAGGAACUGAAAAUACUCAUGAUGCUAAUUUAAGAAUGAUAGUUGAUCUGAAACCACGAGCUAAAUCUUUACCUCAAAAGGGUAAUCAAAAUAGAAUAAUGACUCCUCCAGUAUCAUUUAAAGAUAAAGUAAUUAAUGCAAAAGAAUCUUCAAUGGAUUAUAAAUUAAAAAAAGAACAAGAAAAGAAUGGUAUACCUGAAUCUGAUAAUUUUAGAGAAUUAUAUAAGGAAAGAUUAUUAGGACCAUCUAUGUUAAUUAAUACUAAUAGUCCAAGUACAACAAUUGAUUUAGUUAAUAAUUUAGCCAGUAAUAAAAUUAAUGCUGCUAUAAAUCAAGCUACAGGACAAUUUGAUUCACCAGAAAUGAUUCAUGUAAGAGGUAAACCAUUAGAUAUUCAACAUUUAAAAAAUUGUACUGAUUCAAAUUAUUUUAUGAAUCAAGUAUUAAAUAAACAAGAAGUAUUACCUCCAUGGAUUGAAUCACAACAAACAAUAAACAAUAGUAUUAAACAAUUUCGAGAACAAAUUGAUGAACUUUGGUUUAAAUGGAUUAUAAAUAAAUCACCUAUUGCUUCAACAAUAGAUCGAUCAAUUAAUCUUGAAACCAUUAUAAAUGCUUUUAAUUUUAAAUUACCAGAAUUAAUAUUUAAUCGAACAAAUUUAACAAGUUCAGAUUUAAAUUUUUUAAAUGAAAAACUUCGACUUAUAAAUGUAUCUAUUAGAAAUUAUAAUUUACAAAGUCCUUCAUCUCAUUUACAUAAAUUUAAAUUAAUUGAAUCACAAGAAUUAAAGGAUUCAUAUAAGAGAAGUCUUAAGAAAUUUCCUGAGAAUAUUCAAAUUUGGUUUGAUAGAAAUAAAGGUCCUCAAUCUAUAACAAUGAUUAAAAAGAAAUCUUCAUCAAUUGGAUUAUUAAAUUUAUUUGGUGAAGAUUCCACUUAUGGAACUUCUUCAUCAUUAAUUUCAACUCCAUUACUUGUAAAUAAAUCUAAUGUUGAUAAUAAACUUCAUAUAUGGAAAGCAAUUAAAGAUAUAUUUAAAUAAUUUUAAAUCUUAUUAUUAAUUGAUAU